AGAAAUCGAAUCGGUGGACGAUCGAUUGCGAUCGAUGUUCGAGAUUAUGCGCGAAGAAGAACCGCUGAAUCGAGGAGAAACGAGAAAAUAAGAAGACUGCGUAUAACGCUUGUUGGAUUGAUAUGCCGAUCGCCUCGUUGUUCACCGAUUGACCAAACGAGAGUAAACGAGAGAAGCGCAGAGAGAAAGAGAGAGAGAGAGAGAGUAGGGAGGUGGUGCGUGCGUGCGUGGAUCAGGAGCCGGCUAUGGGAAAGCUGGCAACGACUGGUCGACUCGUGACCCGUGACAACGAGGAAGAGGAGGCAUUCGCGAGGUUGCUGGAGAGCCGCAGCAGCGCCAGUUCCGGCCGCGCUCUCGCCGCGGUCGCUAUUGGCGGGACGAUCGGGACUGCUCCUCGAGCUGGAACUGGAACGGCGGUCGACGGAGGAAGAAGAAGGAGGCGAAGGAGAAGGAGAAGACGGAGGAGGGCGGCCGGAGUUGGAAUUGCGGAAGAAUCGUCGGGACUACGUCGGGACGAAACGGCAAGGAAGAAAAACGGUGGUUUUCCUGGGAAGAGAGGAGCGGAGAGUGCGGUCGUCCGCGAGUGGGAAGGGAGGGAGGAGCGCGGAGGAAAAAGAAGUUCCUCCUCCCUGGUGGUGGUGCUGUGCGGAAUAGCGCGGUUCGUGGCGGUGGCGGCAGCGGCCGCGGCGCUCUGCGUGCCCGCCGCGUCGAUGCCGUCGCGAGAGGAGAAUCCGCUGGGUGGAACCGGUCUCGCGCAUCGCCACGACCUCGACCGCUCGACCGGUCUCGAGGACGUCUACGAGGACGCUUUCGAGGACGCUUUCGAGAACGAUUUCCAAGAAGAGGAGGACCGACCGACCGAGGUGAGAACCGUUCUCGACGAGACCGAGCUGGAUAUCAUCAGGAGAAGCAUCGCGCGAGGUCUCGGUCUCGAGAGGAUCCCCGACCCUUCCAAGGCGAACAUCAGUCAAGCCGAAUACGAGAGAGCGCACAGAGAGUACCUGAUGAAAAUGCAGCUAUCGCUCGGCCAACCGCAAACUUUCCGAAGCAAGAAAAGGUUGCACGUGUUUCCUGCUACAGCCUAUCCUGGAAACGAAUCGAGCCAGCUGUCCGGGGCGAGAGGAAGCGAGAGGGAAGCCCGUUCUCGUCAUCGGUUGUUCUUCCCCGUGGAAAUACCUGAGGAGGAUGCGGUGGAACACGCGACCCUUAGGCUGCUGCUCCACGGUUCGGUCACCGAGCCGCGCUACGCUCGACCAACCCACCUAGAACUGCUGCUCCAUCUUCGAACGUUCAGCGGUUCGAGAAAGUUGAUAGCCCGCGGAAGGAUCGAGCUGCGCGAUCCACGAGACUCCAGAUGGAUCGAGCUGGACGCAACCCUGGCCACCUCCUCGUGGUUCCAUCACGAACCCCUCGAACUCGAAUUUAUGGUGAACGGAGGGCCGGUGCGACGCGCCUUUUCCUAUCCAGUUCUCAACGUGUUUACCGCCAGCUCCGAAUACACCACUGCUACCCGAUCCAAACGAUCCUCCCCCGAAGAGUUGAUGUCUCUCCACAAAGGUCGUAGAUCGAAAUGCAAAGGCGAGGGCAAAAAGUGUUGCAGACACGAGCUUACCGUUAUGUUUAAAGACUUGAAAGGUUUCGAAUUUAUCGUUUACCCGAAAACAUUCGACGCCGGAUACUGCAAAGGUCGUUGUCCACCCAGGUACAAUCCGGCUCAUCAUCACGCUCUUCUGCAAAGCCUUCUCUGGAAAGAGGACAGAAAGAAAGUGCCUAAGCCGUGCUGUGCUCCGAGCAAGCUCGAUCAACUGAUGAUCGUUUACUUUGACGAGGACGAUGCCACUCAGUUGAAAGUCUCCUAUUGGAAGAACAUUCAAGUACUCGAGUGCGCUUGUUCUUGAACAUUUUCGAUCUUCUUCUCUUCCCUUCCCAACGAUCCUACUACGAGCUACCGACGAACCAAUAGACUUCAUGUGUAUUGUGCCUACUUACCUGCCUGCCUGCCUGCCUGCCUAUCAACCUAGUGACAAGAGCGAACGAACGCUCCGAUUACGUAACAUAGC